AUGGCAGUUGACAUAUUAGUCGAGGGUUUGGAAAUGAAGCCUGAAGAUAUUGAGGAUAUAAUGUAUUAUGAGAGUGCAGGGAUCUUGGUAAUCAAGGCCAAUGGAAAGGAGUAUAAAUAUGCAAUUGAGAAGAGAGACGAGACAUAUAUAAUCAAUUACAAUGAUGGGCCUGUACUUACAAACAACUUGGCAACAGAAAUCAAGGAAUGA